UCUGCUCUGCUGUGUGUGUGCGCACUGCACUGCUCCGGGCGGCAUGACCUCCUGCUGGCCAGGCUGCCAGAGGACGCCACUGCAGCGAUGGUGAGCAGCAGCGUCGCCGCCGCCGCCGCCGACCGGGCCGCCUGACGCCGGGACGCCGGGACACAUGUCGUGGAAGCGGAACUACUUUGCUUCGGGCAGUGGGCUGCAGGGGAUGUUUAUCCCGCGCACCAUGACCUCCAUUGCCCCCAGCAAGGGCCUGAGCAACGAGCCGGGCCAGAACAGCUGCUUCCUCAACAGCGCCCUACAGGUCCUCUGGCACCUGGACAUCUUCCGAAGGAGCUUCCGACAGCUGACCACCCACAAGUGCAUGGAGGACUCCUGCAUCUUCUGCGCUCUUAAGAGCAUCUUUGGUCAGUUCCAGUUCAGCAGUGAGAAGGUGCUGCCGUCUGAUGCCCUGCGCAGCGCCCUGGCCAAGACCUUCCAGGACAAGCAGCGCUUCCAGCUCGGCAUCAUGGACGACGCCGCAGAGUGCUUCGAGAAUCUGUUGAUGCGAAUCCACUUCCACAUCUCCGAUGAGACCAAAGAGGACAUCUGCACAGCCAAGCAUUGCAUCCCACACCAGAAGUUUGCCAUGACGCUUUUUGAGCAGUGUGUAUGCAACAGCUGCGGAGCCACAUCAGACCCUUUGCCCUUCAUUCAGAUGGUCCAUUACAUCUCGACCACAUCUCUCUGUAACCAGGCGGUGCGCAUGCUGGAGUGCCGGGAGAAGCCCACGCCGGACAUGUUCGGAGAACUGCUGAGGAACGCCAGCACCAUGGGGGACCUACGCUCCUGCCCCGGUAACUGUGGGGAAAUGCUGCGUAUCCGCCGGGUGCUCAUGAACUCCCCUGAGAUCAUCAGCAUCGGCCUGGUGUGGGACUCGGACCACUCGGACCUGGCCGAGGACGUCAUCCACAGCCUGGGCACCUGCUUGCGCCUCGGAGAUCUGUUCUACCGUGUGACGGACGACAGGGCCAAACAGUCAGAGCUCUACUUGGUGGGGAUGGUGUGCUACUAUGGCAAGCACUACUCAACCUUCUUCUUCCAAACAAAGAUACGCAAGUGGAUGUACUUCGAUGACGCACAUGUCAAGGAGAUUGGGCCCAAGUGGAAGGACGUGGUGGCGCGCUGCAUCAAGGGCCACUACCAGCCGCUGCUGCUACUGUACGCCGACCCCCGCGGCACACCAGUGGCAUCGCAGGACACGCCGGCCCACCUGGACCUGCAGCACAGCAGCAAGGGCUACGACAGUGAGGACAGUGGUCGGGAGCCGUCCAUCUCCAGCGACACGCGCACCGACUCGUCCACCGACAGCUGCGGCUACAGGCCGAGCCGCUCGCAGCACGAGUCCCUGGCCAGUCACUUCUCCUCCGACUCCCAGGGCACGGUGGUCUGCAGCCCGGAGAGCCCAGCAGGCUCACACCACAGUCUGGAGACAGCAGGUGAGGUGCUACUGAAGGACCAGCCAAGUCCCCUCACCACGCCGCGGCCCUCCAGCAGAGGAAGACCUCAGCAGGACUACACCGACGCCGGGACGCUGCUCAUGCACGGCCGACCCCCAUCGUCCUGCGCCAGCUCCGGCUUGGGCGGCUCGUCCGAGGCAGGGAGUGCCACCGGGAGCGCUACAGGUAGUGGGAGUGGCGGAGGAGGAGGAGGAGGUGGGGGCAACCAGGGGAGUGGGACCCGCGAUGUCUGGGAGGACGAGAGCACCAGCAGCGAGUCCAAGUCCAGCUCAUCGGCCGGGGGGCGGUGUUACCGGCCUGCCUGGCGCCCGCGCCGCGAGGCGCUCAACAUCGACAGCAUCUUCACCACUCGGGAUGGGACCGGCCGCCGCUGGCAGCAGCCGCUCUCCGCCCUGCCGGCCAGCCCUCCACUGGGGGAGCCUGCAGGCCCGGGAGGUGGAGGUGGAGGUGGAGGUGGAGGUGGAGGUGGGUCUGUUAUGAUGACAGACUGCGCAGGUGGGGGAGCCGAGGCAGCCGCGUUCGAUGGGGAGAUGGAGCGCCUGCCGCCCCCUCCGCCCCCGCGUCUCAUCCAGAGGAUGGAGAGUGGCUACGAGAGCAGCGAGAGGAACAGCAACAGCCCAGUCAGCAUGGACAUGCCUCUGCACGACCCCAGCACACACAGGGAUUUGGUCUGUAAGAGGUCGCUGACCUUUGGCCCGUCCUGGCGCUCGGUGCCCAAGUCUAAGAGCAGCAGUGCCAUCCUGCAGGAGCUGCCCUCCCCGAGCUGGGCGCGGAGUCCCACUGGUCCACCGGUUGAGGUCCGCAGCGAGCUGGACGAGCUACAGGAGGAGGUGGCGCGUCGCGCGCGGCAACAAGAGCUCCAGAGGAAGAGGGAGAAGGAGCGCGAGGCGGCCCAGGGCUUCAACCCCAAACCCAGCAAGUUCAUGGACCUGGACGAGCUACAGCACCAGGCUUCACUAAGAUUGCCCAUGCAUGAGGCUAACACUGAUAGCAGGAGUGUGUCCGCGGCCGGCCGGCUGCAGGGCUGCAUGCAGAGAGCAGGAGGGCAGCUGGAGGGCGACCGGCCACUGGAGCAAAGCAGACCGCACAGGCCGCCUCACAGUGAACAGCCUGGCCCGCUCCAAGUACUGCUGACGAAGACCCCCCACCAGCUCUGGGACACCAGUCAGGACGCUGCCCUUGCCCUGCCCUGCCCAUCCCCCCCUCAGCCCCACGCCUCCACCAGUCACACGCCUUCUUUUUCACAGAGCCGCACAUCAGUCACCUCCCCUGCCUCAGUGCAGCAGUCGCCCGAUAGGCCCCCUGUGCCCAGAAACCACUACGAUUGGCCAAGUCCACCCAGCGGGGCGGAGCUGAGGGAGGAGGAAUGUUGGGAGGGCAUCCGCUUGUCGGAAGUCCUGCAGGCCUCAGGUGUGUCCAUCCGGCCCCUCCGCAAGCACCUGGCCAUCUCGCUGCCCUCCCUCCCCCUGGACGCCUGGAGCCUGCUGGGGAGGACCGAGCAGCCCAGCCAGGGCAGCGGCUCAGACUCCCUCCCUCCUCCUCCUCCUGCUCCUCAGGCACCUCCCACAGCCUCGGCCCAAACCCCACCAGCUCCUCCUCCACCAGGUGACUCCACCCAACCACCUCCCCAUGCAGACAACAAGGAGGACAAGCCAGAGAGGAGAGAGGAGGUGCCGCCGCCUGGACGAGAUGGUGAGAGCCACCUGCGUCUCCCGCUCUGGCACCCGCUGAGCUCGGUCACGCCAUGCUCCCCUGGCCAAACCCGCGUUAGCCCCAGCUCCCUGACUCCGCCCAUGCCUACAUGCCAUUGGCAUUCCUGGAGCCUGGACCGCCCGGACGCCGUUGUGGCGCCGUUCAAGACUCCCCCUGACAACAGCACUUGGGAGGCCAGCUCCCCACGUCGCGAAACUAGCCCCGGGUCUAGCUCCAGCACACAGGGAGCCGCAUCCUGUCCUGGACCCCGAUCUAAUGCUCCCACCCAGGGAACAGACGUGUGCAAUGCCACCUGCUCGGGCUCUGCAGCCACCCAGGAGCCUGUGGAAAAGGAGCUCUCAGAGCUGGACUGCCUCUACCAAGCGAGUCUGCUGGCCCAAAGCAGCCCUGCUUCAUCUCUCCCAGCUGCUGCUGGAUCAAGGACAGCGCCUUCAGCUGCUCGUAAAAUGAUGAUUGGACGCGGUCGCUCUCGGACCCCCACUGCGGAGAUCGAACGGAGUGCGUACGGACCUCCAGGCUGUCCCCGCCCCCCCACCUAUGUCAAUAAUUCUGUGUGGGGCCUGGAGCUGGAGAGGCAUGCUGAGCGGAGGGCCGAGUCUGAUGGUGAUCGGAUGAGACGCUUCGCUCGCAGUCUGAGUGGCACAGUGAUUGGCCCACACCACACCCAUUUGGCCCUGUCCCGCAGCUUUAAGGAGGAGCAAAUGUUUUGCACAUCCCACCGCGCCUCCAUUCAUUCCACCCAUCUACCUCAUCAGCAUCGCCAUGACUAUCACGAUCACCACCACCAUCACCAUCCUCCUCCUCAUCAUCAUCCUCAUCAUCACUGGCCUCUUCCUCCACCGCCUCCACCAUGAGCUUCAUCCUGCACCAUCACCGCCGUCAUCCUCUUCCUCAUCUCAGCUGUGUGUUGAUGGGCAGCUAGGCUCCCCCCAGUCCCCGGGUUUCAGGUGGACGUGGUGGCUGAGAGCAAGAUAAACGCUGUGCUCGCUUAACCUGACUCUCGCCAAGCUGGUAUGUUUCGUCUUCACGAUUCCAUCUGGGAACCCCCCCACGAGCGACAUGUUUUUCGAAUGAUGCUCCUUAUCAAAAGUCCUUGCACAUGAUGGGAAUUAAACAACCUGUCCUCAUUUUUACUGCCGUGCCACGUCAGCCACUCACAUUGAACUCGACCCGUGACACAGCUGAGAACGACAGGUGAAAGUAGAGCCAUAACGCGCCACACGUCUAUGGAAAAUCCCAGCCGGCAAUGACGAUUGGCUCAUUCGUUCAGAAAUGCUUCUGAUUUUCACAGACCUCAAAUGGUUGGUUGAGGAAACCGCAACACCCUCGGGUGUAGUUUGGCGAAACGAAGCCAGUUGGCGUAAGUCAGGUUAGUUCUUGCUCCCAUUGAGCCUGUCUAUGCUGCCCUGUCAUGUCAUGCCAUUUAGACAUUGAAGUGUAUGUUUCCAUGGCUGUCCUCGUCAUUGUUUGUGAUGUGAACAUUUUUUGGUUUGCGUUUUCCAUAGUAGUUCCUAUGUGUGUUUGUGUGCGUGUGUGUUUGUGUUUGUGUGUGUCUGUGUGUGUGUGUGUCUUUUUCUUCCAUUUGGUUGGUUCCGGAGCCUGCCCGUCACUCUCCGCCGUCCCUCCCUCCCGCAGGAUGCGUCCUCGCGCGGCGGCCCUGGGAAGUUCUGGCUGUGCCUGACAGGCGU